UAGCUGUAUACAACAAGAUGCAGGAGUCUCUGGAAGUGACCCUUCCCAGCAAGCAAGAGGAGGAGGAGAAAGACCAGCCUGCCGAGAUGGAAUACCUUAACUCUCGCUGCGUCCUUUUCACUUACUUCCAGGGCGACAUUGGUUCAGUAGUGGAUGAACACUUCUCAAGAGCUUUGAGCCAAGCCAGUAGCUUCAAUCCAGAAACUGCCCUUACCAAGAGCAAGGCAGGGCUAAGUCCUCUGUGGAGAGAAAGCUCAACAAUUUCAAGCCAAAGGAGCAGUUUCCCAACUUCAUUUUGGACCAGCUCUUAUCAGCCUCCCCCUCCACCAUGCUUAAGUGGAGUACACCCCGAUUUCCCCGUUACUGCACCAGGCACCUUCCCAACACCAGAUCCCAGCAGCUGGCCAGGACACGGCCUUCAUCAGACUGCCCCACCUCCUCCCCCUGCUGCAUCUGAAUCCUGGCAUUAUCCUUUAGCAUCUCAGGUGAGCCCUUCGUAUGCACACAUGCAUGACAUGUACAUGCAUCGCCAUCACCCUCAUCCACACAUGCACCAUCACCAUCCCAGCUCGCACCGUGACCCCCGGUACGGGUCCCUGCUGAUGCCUUCAGUCCGUGCAGCCAGGAUUCCUGCUCCCCAGUGUGACGUGACAAAGACAGAUCCCGCUGCCGUCACCAGCGCUACCUCAGCAUGGGCUGGAGCCUUUCAUGGAACAGUGGACAUUGUGCCGAGUUUUGGCUUUGACACAGGUCUACAACAUCAGGACAAGAGCAAGGAAACUUCUUGGUUCUGAAGUUCAGCUAAAUUAAGACCAGCUAGAGCUGGAGUAAGCGCAGCUGGGCGGGCGAUGUAACAGUUGUUGACUCCUCCUGCAUGGGGCAAAGGACACACAUGAAGAUGAAGAGCCAACCAUUCUGGUUUCACUAUUGAGCCUUUUGUUUGUAAGGCCGUUUAUGGGUCCCACAGUGUUGGAAAAAACCAAAAACCUAACUUUUCUUUCUUUCCUCAUCUGAGCCUGCUGCAACUGGGCAACCUAACUCCUUUCUACUUCUUUAACAGUGUUCUGUUUUGUUCAGCGUGAUAUUUUUAUGAACAGUCUCAAUUGUCAGGAAAAAGACUCUCCCUUAACUACAGUGCGCCUCCUUUCAGGAAUACAGUAUUUUGUAGCUCUUUGUGCAUCUAUUUUUGUAGAAAUACAGAAAGUUUGGGUAAGGAUUGAUGGGCUAUUUUAGGAUGACAUAUUUUUUUAAAAAAAAAUUGUAAAAUUGUUAAGUUCUGUUUAAAGAACUUGCUCUCAGAGAAGCACUGGCAAAAAUGUAUAAAAUGCUAUUUUUAGAUGUCUGUGAUGUGUUUGUGCAUUUUGGUUUUUUUGUUUUGUUACCUCAAAUGUCUAUCUUUCCUUUCUUUCUAAAGAGCUAAACCUUCCUUGUUUCCACAUUACUAGAUUUUGAUGUUUUUGUCCUUUUGUUCUAGCUUAAGCAAGUAUAAUUCGCACCUAAAGUUUCAGUCAAAUAUUUUCCCUGCUGGUGUUAGAUUGUAGUAAGGGUGUUUUUAUUUUCUUGCUUCUGAAGGUGGCUUUGUGCUGUGCUGAUUGUCAGAAACUUGCAAACACCUUUAGCAUGGAGCAAAGCCUGGAGUUACAGGAACUGCAUUUCCAACCCAUCCAUCCAUUCUUUCAAAGUGGACCAAAUACUCUGGCAGAUUUAAAUCGGAUGUGAGUUUGGGCUCAUCCAUGAUCCAUUGAAGCUGUUGAACUCAGUCCCCUAUGAGUUAUGUUUCAGGCCCUCAUAGUGCUUAUAAAUAUCAGUAUACUCUUAUUUUAACUCAUGAGUUAAAACUCAGCUAAGCCAUUUCAAGGGUGGUGAUUUAUAACAUAAGUUUUCAGGAAAGAAAUGUCAGUUACAUAAAAUGCGUGACCUGCGGAAACAAAAUCUUUUCAACUGGCCUCAUCUGCUGUGGGCCUUAUAAGAUACCAGCUGCAGCUCUUGAAUUUUGUAAGAGGUUGCACGUGCUCGGUGCGUGCAAAUUCAGGCUUGGCUGCUGUCUGGGUAAGAGUCUGAACUUGGAAAUGACGUGGCCAUGUCUAGGCACAGCACUCUGCAGGGUGUUUGGGAAACCCUACUUCUACCCUGGGCCUUGGGUCUGACCUGCAUAAUAAGGACUUUAGUUGAAGCCAAGGUGAGCACGAUGCAGUCCUGGAUCAGGGCUGCAAAAUUACCCUUGAGGGCCUCACUCUGGCGAUGGGCUGGAGCUGGGUCAGCGCCCAUGCCCAAUCCUAGUGACUCCAAUCUGAGUGUCAGCAUGUGCUUAGGUGGGGCUGAGUGCAGGAUCAGGCCCUGAGGUGACAGAUCCUAGCAAUUGCUUGGAGAUGUUGCCUUUCUGCUCUGUGCACCCAGGGUCCCUCCCUAAUAUUUACCAAGGCUCUUAUAACCUAUUAUAUUUCUGUUACCACUGUUUUCAGACAUCCCUGUCAGAAAGACAAACCAGCUAAAUGGAAACCAAGACAUAAACACAUGGCUGAGAUAAGAAACGGUUUAAUUUUAAGGCAAUGAGCACUGUAAAAGUAGGUUUGUCAGGUGGAGACCACAUGGGUCUGUGUGUUAAAGGGGAGGGGGAGUGUUGGGAUGUGCUUGCCACUCCAAAGGUUCAGGCCUCCCUCCCUGCACUGCUGCUUUUUCCAGGCUUUUUGAACUUGAUCCUAUGAGGUGUUGAGUGUUCUCCCUUGCCAUGUGAGAGGGCUUGACAUGCUGGCACUGGAGGCAUUAGGAUUAAGUCACAAUUUGGCAAGACCCUUAAGUGUAUACCUUGCUGAUUUGAAGUUUGAGACGACGUAAAAGUGCUGAACAGACUAUGCUUAAACAUGACUUUAAAAUAGUAGGGUUGUAGUUUCUGUGUUGGGAUGCUGUCUUAAAUGUGGGGGAGGGGGUUUCCUCAUCUUUAUAGUCCAUCAGCUUUUCUUUCUCUAAAUAAAUUUCACACUCUUGCCAGUUCUGUAUAUUAUUGCUGCUCUGGUGGAGCUAGCUCCUCGAUUUGUCAAUGAAUUCGUAAUGCAAUGGGAAGACGAUGGGAGGGAACAUAGUAGUAGCCAACAUGGCUCAUUUUAUUAUCAGGACAGUAUAGUUUCAGGAAGUAUCUCAAGGAUAAUACUUCUGACUUAGGAAUUCUGACAGCAUUAGAAAUACUGGGAGGAAAAACAAAAUCCAAAGUUGUUUUUUUUUUUUUUCCAAAUGUUUUUCUGAACUUGGCAAAGAGGCGCUAUGUCCUCUUUGAACUUCAGGGGGAGCAAAAGAAAGGGCGAUAUUUCUUUUUGAGGUGUAGUGUGUUUUGACUUCCUGAAAUAAAGUCUAGCAAGAGCAGUUAGUUCAUUGCCUUCCUCUUUGCAGGUUCAGAUGAUGGGGGACCUCCUCCUGUUCCCUAUAGAUGUCAAAGCAGAAUGAAGCAGGAAAAAAAAGGCCCACAGUUUGCACUGGAAUCCCUUUCUGGAUUGUUUUAUUGAGUUGAUGGGUAAUGGGGAUGAAUAUGUGGUGAAGCUAUUGCCUCUUCCACCUCAAGGACUACCGUUAUGUGCCCACUUUCCACUGCUGAACCUGUGAGUGUGCUGAAGGAACUUAUGUUGCUCUGCAGGCUCUGGAAGACAAGUGCCAAUAAAAUCCUGCUAUCGUCUAUAGCCAUUUGUGCACCAGUCAACCGACUUUAAAAGUCAAACUCAUUUUUUUCCUCAGUCACUAGCCAUCCCCUGUACAAACAAGCAAGUUGAAAGUAAAAGCACACAUGCAUAGCAGUAGCCCUUCUUCUAUGUUCUGCAGUUUGAAGAAUGGGAAAGAAAAAAUCCUUCCCUAUGACAAACUUUUAAGUUGAAUUCAGCAGAUCCAAUUCUCUCUCUGUGUCUCUCUCUCUUUCUCAUAUACACGCACACUUAUACACACGCACAAAUGUGCUUAUGAGAAGCAGAUGCUGUGAUGGUUUUGUUCUUGAAAGAGGAGGGGAGCACUCGCUCACAACAUUGCAGUUACGGAGAAUUGAUGGCAGUGAGACAGAAACAAAUGUUAAAACUGCUCAUGUUUCCACAGAUAGGAAAAAAAAAAGGCCCUUAAAAUCAGGUCACAGACAAGUUAUGUGUCUUAACACAUUACUAAAGGAGUUGUUUCGUUCUUUUUGUGAGUCCUGAUGCUGUUCCCAAAAAAGUGAAUGAUUCGUUUUGCGAGGACACAUAAAACAUGAUGUACUCUGUCACUAUUCUUGGGAGAACAUAGGGAAAUUAUUGUUUUAUGUCAAGAAAAUCUACAUACUAAACCCCUUAAAGUUGUCCAGGAAUUGAUUUUAUUCCUAUUAAUGCUGAGAAAUCUGCUUUCAAUUGUUGUGUCUUCAUUUGAAGACUGGGAGGGUUCAAAGCUGUCCAUGGAUUUUUAAAAAGUGGAUACCAGUUUGUUUCAACUGGGCAUUUCCAUCCCAACAAGAUGAUAGAAUAACGCAGCUACUGACUGUCCAGCAGAUUUGAUUUCUGGAGAGCUGAAUAAGCUGCACUUGUUUAUAGAAAAUGCACUUUGUUCUGAUUCCUCUACUCACCAGACACACAGAUUCAGUUAUCAGUUUAUCUGAUACCUCUUUCAUAGCCUGAAGAUUUUCAGUGAAUGGCAGUUUCCUAUCAGUUGUCUAUUUCUGCCUCAAAACAUCCUUUGAGGAUGAAUCUCUCAUCACAGCUUUGAAAGACAGCAGAGGUUGCAGGAGGGGAGUGCCACUUAGGAUCAACUAUCGUAUAUGUCUUGAUCUCCUCUCACAAUUCUUUAUGUAUAUGUGUAUAUUUAUAUACAUGGAUAUAUACAUGCACACAUAGCUAUACCUGGUUCUCUCGAUUCCAUUCUCAUGCUUCAAAUGCACAUCCUUUGGAAAUGAACAACAUCACUGAAUCUCAUCUGAGACUGAGAAAAUGUAGGCAUUUUAUUGCAUUCUCUGUAACCUCAGGAGUGAAUGGAAUUUUUCCAUACUUUUAAAAAACUAAACAACAAAACCCCAACAAAACCCCCCACCCUUUCAAAACCCCUGAUUUGUUGUAUCUGUAAAGAUGAUCAGGGAGUCAGCAGGCUUAUGUAGAGAGGUGCAAUAUAUUGCCUUUCAGCAGACACGCAUAUCUUCUUUAAUAUGAUUCUUUUAAUUAAUUUCAGGUACAAGCUUUUUCUCCGUAUCAAUGGACCAGCAACAUAUAUUUCUUAUAAAUGAUUUAGAAAUAUAUAUAUAUUUUUAAAUUGACUUCUUGGCUUUAAUAUGUCAGCCUUUGAGCUUUUAAAGGGUAUUUGAAUGAUAAAUAUUGUUUGUGUGUGGAUUUUUUAAACAAGUUGAUGCAUGUUGUUUGGAACUGAAAUCUCAUGUAAAGCAGGAAGGUAUUUAAAAAUAAAUACUGCUUUUACGUGUUAGCCCUAUGGGCACAAUCUGACAGUUGUGAUGCAGGAAGAUGUCCUUUUAAAGACUAAGGGACUGUCACAUGAGCAAGAUCAACAUCCAGUCCCUGUGACAGGAGAGGCAAGAGCAAUCUUGCAAAGGUUGAACUGAUAGAGCUGUGAGCAGGGAUGGUUCUCUCCGGCGUUGUGUAUAGUGGAUGGGCAGCUACUGUUCAACGUUAAAACUGGGCUGUGUUGGUAGGUUUAUACUUGCCCUGCCUUAUGGGGUGAACUGAUUGACAAGGGGAAUUAGAGCCAUCCCUGGGAAUCUGUUUUAGCUGCCCUGGGUCUGGGUCUGUACAGUGCCCUUGACCCCCUCUCUGUUCUUGCUCUGUGGUUUCCAUGACACCACAGUAGGACCUGUGAAAACUGGGCUGGAGUUCCUUGUGAAAUGCAGGAUGUUUACAACUGCCAAUAAAGAUAGUUUAGGGGUAGGGGUAAUUAAAACUUCACAAUUAUCUCAUGCACCUGCUCAAAGGCUCAAGCCUUCAAGAUGAGUCAGCUGUGCAUCUUUAAUGAUGGCCAUUUGCAUACAGGAGCCUGAACACUGCUGCCUCCUCCAGUAUCUUUGGAAAACUUCGAUGGCAUUGAGACCAUUGGGACCAGCCUUGAAUGCCUAAAUUGCAGUCCAGUAUUGGCUGCCACAGUAUGGUGGCCUGGGAUCUGGUCCAACAUUGGUGAACAUCUAUUGGAAUCAACAUUGAUUCUGGUGAGCUUGGGCUCAGGUAACAAGUACCUAUAGACAACCAAUAUUUAUAGCAGUUGAGGUUUACAGUAAUCUAGUAAAGUAUCUGCAGAACUAUGCUGCACUUUCCCUGCUAGCUGUUUGUAGCUGUUGUUUAAAGUCAUCAGUCAAAUCAGGGUCUCUCUCCUUCUUCCACCUGUUUUCCAACCCUGCUUCCCUCAAAACUUCAUUGAACUUUUUUGCCCUUCUCAUCAAAACUGAUGGGGAGGGCUUUGUAUAAAGAAAAGUGUCACUGUUUUAAUUACUGAAUAAAUAAUUUAAUGUGAAUUUUAUUGUUAUAUUUUUAUGUAGCAUUUUCGGUUUGGUCUGUAUUUCUCAACAAUUAGCUAAUGCUUUCUUUUUAUUAUGCAACUGAAGAACUCAUAAAUCUCUUUGUAAAUUACAGCAUUCUGAGUUUCUAUUUUUUUCAUUAUAUUAAUUUUUAGAGCCAAGGGUAUUCUGUUGAAAGCGUUGUAAAGCAAGUGUUCUAAACUGGUUCUCUACUAAAAUUGGAUGGAGUGAAAGCCUAGCAUUGAAGGGAUUUCAAACAGGGCUCUCAUGAAGGCACUAGCUUUCCUUUUUAGAUACUGUCAAUUGCUUCUGCUACAGUGUUUUCCUUUCUUUUUUUUUUUCAAUAUCUUUUUAAGUUGCAUUAACACUGGAGGCUCUUUUACAAUCGGACCUUGUAGAAUCACUACCUUACACUUCUUAGAGUAAGAGCCUUUUCAUCAUUUUUUUGGCAGUUUCGAAAGUUAUCAAGUAUAAACUUUCCAUGCAAGUUAUUUAUCUCAAUUUGACCUUUUUUUGGGCAAAGCUCAGUGAUUCUCACUAAGGAGGUAUCUCUGCCCUUGCUAAUAUUAUUUUACAACUGUUUAAUUAAGAAAUGCUUGCAUGUCUAUGUUCUGGCUUGAGGGCUGAAGGUUUGGUGUUUUGGUCACAGAUAUAUCAUUUACUGUUCCAACGGUGGGGGGGGAGGGAAACCUCCAAACUUCGGCCAAGCACUGAGCUUUUGAAAAAUUGCCACUUGCACGCAAUCAGCAGGGAGCUGUUAAAAAGCUUAGUUGCAAAAUCCUGUAAAGAUCCUGACCAUAUGGGGUGUACUCUGCUGCAGAGCAUCAGGAGAUGAGCAGGAUUUUCCCUGUACGUCCUGGUCCAGGCCCUGUUUCCAGGACCAGACAGCAAGCAGGGUGCUUUUUCUCUGUGCAAAAUCACCAUGUUCUUCUUUCUUAGGCUGUGAGGAAGAGAUGGAUAGAGCUACCGGCCAGAAACUCAAGGAGAGGUAGGCCAGGAAAGGAGGGAACUGGGUUCAAAAGCUUCUUGUAGGAGAGAAUGGGGUUGGGAGCUGCCAAGAAAGAAGCAGUCUCCAUGGACAGUGGGGGUAACGAUGGGAUGUGGACCAGUGCAAGAUAAUCAAAUAAUGCCUGACAAUCGUUUGGCUCAUACAUAAAAGAUAAAGAGAGGGAUGCGACAGCCAUCAAAAAAUACUAGGAUAAUGUGAGGACUUAGAAAUUUGGUAUAAACUGAGUGUCAAGGAAAGCUUAGGAUAAACAUUGCAGGAAAUUUUUUUUUUUUUUUUUUUUUGAAGUCAGCUGUCUACACUGCAGUAUAGUCUGUGAGAAAAGACAUGGGAACAUUGUUGCUUUAAGACAAUCAUCACAAUUAUCCUCAGCAAGGCAAUUGUAUUUGAGGAAGCAAGAGUGCACUAAGCUAGGGGAUGAGGUAGCUGAAGUGCUUUUUCUUCUCCCUGUAACUUCUGCUGCUCUCGCCAGAGUAGGACUCCAGCUGUGUUGCCCCACACCUGGGUUUCCAGGUGCUCAUGGGGGCUAUGUCUAUGUGCUCUUAUUGUGUCAAUAAAGGAGUGCAAGUGA